AUGAGUCUACUCGCAUCAGUGAUUCCAGGAAAGUCUUUUUCUCUGAAUGGAUCCUCGAGCAAUGGCACUCAAUCUGGCCCUGGUGCUCUGAGCUCCAAGUACAUAACGCCCACUAUCAAGCCUGCCGAUGAUUCUGUGGGCACCCUUCAGUUUCAAAGUCAGGGCAAUCAAAACGCCAAUGGUGAUUCAAGGUCUGUCAUGUCGCAAAGAUUCUUUCUUCCGCAGGCCCUUGAGACCGCUGGCGAAGUGAGCUACAAGAUUACUGUGCCCAAUUUUGAAAAUCUACCGCCAUUAAGACUAGGGUCCAAGUUCAUCACUGACUUGAUAAGAAUAGACUCCAUGACACCCGGCGACUUGUAUGGGGAACAAUACUUGAACAAAGGCAAUAAUUUGGAUAACUACUUUUUCGAUAAGGAAAGGGGAUUGGAUGCUUUCUCUCGAUUUGAGAAAGUGUCUCAAUUGGAUCUUCCGGACAAGUUUUUCGAAGAAACGAACAUGACGGAGGUGCUGAUGAAUAUGGGACUCAUGCCUGAGAUCAGCAGAGCAUGGAUUGCCGUCGAUAAUAAGCUUGUGUUUUGGAAUUAUAAGCUCCCAUCGUCUUCGUUCAACAAGUCCUCUCAAUUCUUGACAUUGGACCAGAUUCGCCACUCUGUAUUGACAGUGAAGCUCGUGAAACCGAAACCCGGUAUUUUUGUGGCUGAUGUAAACUACUUGCUCUUGAUUGCAACUACCAUGGACAUACACAUCUACGUGGUUAAGUACGACCUGCAGCUCAACAACUUAGACGUUUUCAACCCUAGUCUAUCGGUGAACGUUCAAGGUCUCAUGAUUAAUAAGUUUGCGUUCAAUGAGCUGACGCGUGAUAUUUACUUCUCCGGUGAGAGUGACGGUGUCAAUGUGUGGAAGCUAGAGUAUCACUCAAAUUCCUCAUUUAUAAAGAACAGAUGUGAUAAGGUGUGCCUCACGAAGAGCGGGUUGUCUUCGGUCCUUCCGAUUGGAAAAAUGAGAGGCUUUGAUCUUUUCACAUCCGAACAUACCGAUCUCCAUAGAAAAAACGGAGACCUGUACGAAAACACAAAUACGACCAACGCAAUCCCUGAAUCUAUACUGCAGAUUUCAGUUGAUGAAGAUCGAAGCGUGCUAUACACGCUAUCCAACAAGUCUGUCAUCAGAGUCUACAAACUAGCCCCUAACCAGAAGGAAUUCUCGCAGCACAACCAGCUUACACCAACGGAGUUCUUCAAAGCUGCAUCAUUGAUGAUAUCGAAUCACGCUAACAUCAAAUCAUUCCUGAAAUUCAGGAUCGUGAGCAUUCAACCGAUCUCUCCGAAAGAAUCGAACAAUGUUUCACUCAUUGCUACUACAAAUUUUGGUUUUAGAAUACUUCUUAGACUUGGAACAGGUGCAACAUAUUCAUCAUUCAUGUCAUCUGCCUCAAGAUUCUCGACGUCGUUGAAAUUGAAUUUAGUGACUAUCAAAUUCGUUCCCUCUGAUGAGGUGACGAAGAUGAACCCUGAAUUGGAUCAAUUCACAAGGAUCAAGCUGUAUGUGACGACAAUGGUAACUAACCAGCAGAACUCUGAGCUUUUGAAGAAUACUAAAUUUGCCAAGAUCAUAAGUCCUGGAGUGUUCUUAGCUGUUAAGAAAACAAAAGGAUCCGAUAAAUUAUUUGUUAGCUCGGCCAACUACGGUUUUCUCAAGCGCAAUAACAAGCUUGUAGAGGACGCAGAGUUUCUCAAAAUUGCAUCAGAACUCAAUUCAGAUAGCGGGUCUCCUAUUUACAUUCAUGACAUUGUUCAGUUGACGCCCUCCAUGAAUGCUACCAAUACACCAGUUGGCUAUGCCAAUGUACUUGCAUCACAAUACUCUAAGAAGCCGCUUAGGUUCGCAGUUUUAACAAAUUACGGUAUCAUCGAGUACCAGUACCGAAAGUCAGACGAAAUCAUAAGUUCAUUGAAGGAUGACGUUCUCGAGAACUUCAUUGAGGAAAAUGGAUAUGAAGAGACAUGUUCAACUUUGCUCUAUCUUGCUUGUUCUCAAGGAUGCUUAAGCGGCAAAGAUGUCUUUCAGAAGACAGCUUCUAUCUUAUUCUCCCAUGCCGGAAACAAUGCAAGACUCACUGAAAGCGCCACAACUGCUACCUCAGGAGGCUCUCAUUUGCCUAUCCAACCAUCUGAAUCUAAGCGUCUGGCAGAACAGGUUGUCUUGAGCGAUAGGUUCUACGGUACGUGUCUACUUAUAUCAAGGUUAUUUCGAGAUUUUUGGAAUCAGAAAGUAUUUGCACCAUUGCCCCAUAUCAAAAUGCUUAAUGAUGGCUCUGUUGAGGUUCUGUCAUUGAAGGAGGGCAAUUUGAUGGUCAAGGGUCUCACGAUGACAAAAGAACAGCUCGAGUUUUUUAUCGGCUCCGUUUUUGUGCUAUUGGAGUUUUUCAACGAUAAUCUGAACGAUAUUCCAGGUCUCAAUGCCCCUAGUUACAGCUCUGACCCUACCAAGAUGGACAAUGAAGUUUGCAUGAGAGCUGAGCAUAUCGCUUUUACUUCAAUAGUGAGGUCUUUGAAUUCAAUGAAGGAAGCGUUGUCCUUCCUCAUGGUCCUCAUUGAAGAGACGCAAAAUGAUCAAAAGAGUUUCAAUGACAUAUUCCAAUUCUUGACGCUCACAAAUCAAGUUAACUUUUUGAAGCUUACUUUCAAAGAUUUGCUUCUUCCAACCCAAGAAGUGAAGGGGCUCAUAAAGGACCUUUUGUCAUCCAUCAUCAACAAAAAUAUUCUCAAGGGUGGUUCGAUUGACUCAAUUGCCACUUCACUUCAAGGAAGAUGUGCUUCUUUCUGUUCAAGUGACGAUGUGUACAUUUUUAAAGCUAUCGAGAAUUUGACUAAGGCAAAGAACAUAGGUAAUAAGGAUACCGAACUCAAGGUCAUGUGUUUGAAUAACGCAAUUGGUUUGUUCGAGCAAGCUGUGGAUUCUUUGACUCUCGAAAACAUUGAAAAUGCUCUCAACAUCAUGCUUACCCUUGAAUUCUACACUGGCGCUGUUCAAUUUAUUUUGAAACUUGCAAAAAAAUGUUACACGCUUUCAAACACCCAGUCGUCAGCCCUAAUCACAAACGGCGAUGGCAAUGUCGACAAUUUCAAAAAUCAGCUCGAGAGUAACAAGAAGAAGAGAAUGCAGCUUUAUGACCUUGUCUUUAAAGUUUUGACUCGUCUUGAUGUUAAUGCUCUCAAGAUAGAAGAGUCUAAUGACCAGCUUUUGACAAGGGAAUUCAUGGAUGUACGUGAUGCUACUUAUGAAACAUGCUUUGCUUCUGAUGACAAAAACUUUCAUUUUGAGUUUUACCAGUGGUUUAUCAACCAAGGUUGCAGUCAGAAACUUCUUGAGGUGGAGACUCCUUUUAUAUUACCAUUCUUGGAGGAGGUUUCGCUGAAGGACCUUGCUUUAACUCAGCUUCUCUGGCUUUACCACGCAAGGAGAGAAAACUACUUCUCAGCCGCUAGAAUCUUAUAUUCGCUCGCUGUCUCAGAUUUCAGCAUUCCUCUUAGCGAGAGAAUUGAGUACCUUUCCAGAGCGAACGGAUUUUGCAAUUGCACUUGUCCUCCGAACUUGAGACAGGAGAUGAUUCAUCUCUCAAACCUCGUGCACGAGCUUUUUGACGUCGCAAAUGUACAGCUCGACCUUCUAAAGAUGAUCCAGAAUGAUUCGCGUAUCAACAAGGAGAAUAAGAGUAUAGCCAUGGAAGCUCUAAACAACAAAAUCCAGUGUGCAAGCGAUUUGUUUAACGAAUACGCUGAUCCAUUGGGGUACUACGAUAUUUGUUUUGCAAUCUUCAAGGUUUCAGACUACAAAAACCCAGAUGAGAUUUUCAAAAGAUGGGAGUAUUUUUUUGAGAAGAUUUUCCAUGAGUAUAUGACAAACAAAACCAACAAAAUCCCUUUAUACAAGAUGUUGAGUGACAAGAUUGUGCCAGUUGGUUUGAGCUUGGCACCUAAUGAUCUUGUGUUUCCCGUUGAUCGGUUAAUCAAGAUGGUUUCGAAGUACAUUCAGGAUGCUAUUGAGGAGGAUGCAAGUACGCAAACACCACCACGUGGUGCUGUGGUUGACAUCUUUUUGAAGGCACAUAUUCCAUAUGAAAAGUUGUAUGUGUCGAUAAAGUCCUUGAUUGAAAACAGCUCGUACGAAGUUUACAGUGGUUUCAUCAAAUAUCUCAAGACUUCAGAGAUGGUGUACUUGAUACGUAAGUGGUACAACAGUGAUCAGAAGCUAAAAGAAGCUGUUGACGGAGAGCAAAUUGCAAGCAUGACGGAGUAUCUGAUCGAAAAAGAUCCAGUGGAGAAGUGGGUUAGGCUACACAAAACAUUUAUUUGA